AUACAAUAUGCAAAACUCAUACAAUUACAAAGUUUAUUUUUAGGUUAACAACCGUAUUGCCUAAGAGGUAAGCGAUGCGAUGCGCAGACGCCACGACCACAACCAGCAGCAGCAACAGAAGUUGCCUAUAAAUAUGAAGAUAUGCCGAAAGAUUCCAACACAACGCAACCGACUGCGUCGCGAACAGCACGCAUUAGACAGCCAAAGGAACACGGAGGAAGCUUAGAAAUGCUCGCAGCGUUACUGUGUUUGGCUUUUUUGGCAUCGCCGCUGCUGCAUAUGGCCAGCGCCCAAUUGGUUGACCUGCAUCCGAUUUAUAGUGGACCCACUGUGGCACCUCUUGGCUGUCAUCGUCGCUUGUACACGUACCGGGUGACCCAGUCAGAUUUGCAGGGUCGCGAAUGCUGGGAUUUUGUGAGCGUGUGGAGCUGUUGGGGUCGUUGCGAUUCCAGUGAGAUCUCCGACUGGAAAUUUCCUUACAAGCGCUCGUUUCAUCCCGUGUGUGUACAUGCGCAUCGUCAGCCGUCGGUGGCCGUACUGAAAAACUGUCAUCCCGAGGCUGAUGAUAGCAUUCGUAAAUAUAGCUACAUGGAGGCCAUCAAUUGCCAUUGUCAUACAUGCUCCACAGAGGACACCAGUUGCGAGGCACCAGCCAACAAUGGCCUAGACGAACGCAAGAGCGUUAAGGUGUUAGCGUUAUCUAACGAUGAUUCUGGUGCCCUCGAUUAUUAGGUGGUGACUUUCAUGUAGU